CGGUCAGGAUGUGGAGACCCGAGCUAAUAUGUAGCCUGGUAAUGUCCUAACCACAAACUCCUCCAGGCUCCCUCACCGCUUCCACCUGCACAGCUCUACACAGUAUCCUAAUAACCAUGGCCAUAGCCAGAGAUAGUGACACUUCUUCAUAUUAAGAGUGUGUAGGAGAGGAGGAGGAAGAGGAGGUGGUGGUGCUGGCAUGCGUGUGGGCAGUAGCUGGAGGUGGCAGAUUUCCCGGGCCAUGCGACUCGCACUUCGCUGGUGCCGGCUGUGCCGCCUGCAGAGAGGAGGAGGAGGAGGAGGAGGGAACAAAGUCCGGAUCAGCGGCAGGUUGUCGGAGCUGUGGAGCUACAGCAAACUGCUGCUCAAGUCCCUGUAUCACAACAGCCUCAGCAACUCGGACACACUGCUGGACUGUGUGUUCGAACCCGUCUACUGGAUCGUGGACAACGUGACCCGCUGGUUUGGAGUGGUGUUCGUCUGCCUGGUCAUUCUCCUGACCACCUCAGUCGUGGUGGUCAUCUACCUGUUCGUACUGCCCGUGAUCCUCAGCACGUACCCGGUGCACUGGGUGGUCUGGCACCUCUGCUAUGGCCACUGGCUCCUUGUCAUGGUGGUCUUCCAUUACUACAAGGCUACCACCACGGCUCCUGGACACCCGCCCAAGGACAAAACUCAAAUCCCCUCAGUGUCCAUUUGUAAGAAAUGCAUCAUUCCAAAACCGCCCAGGACGCACCACUGUAGCAUCUGCAACAUGUGUGUUUUGAAGAUGGACCACCACUGUCCCUGGCUGAACAACUGUGUGGGCCACUUCAACCAGCGCUACUUCUUCUCCUUCUGCCUCUACAUGACCCUGGGCUGCCUCUACUGCAGCUUCAGCAGCAAGGAACUGUUUCUGGAGGCAUACAGCGUUAUAGAGACGUAUUAUCAGACCCCAACUCCAGACUACACCUUAAGAGAAACCACGGCUCAGAAGAGUGUCAUCUACCUCUGGGUACUGACCAGCUCGGUGUCAGUAGCUCUGGGAGGACUCACCCUGUGGCACACCAUCCUCAUCUGCAGAGGGGAGACCAGCGUGGAGCGCCACAUCAACCGCAAAGAGACCAGAAGACUCCGGGAGAAGGGCAAGGUGUUCAGAAAUCCCUAUCAUCACGGCAAUAUGAACAACUGGAAGUUACUGCUCGGUGUGGAGAAAAGAAGUCACUGGCUCACACGGGUCCUGUUACCCUCCAGUCAUCUUCCCCACGGGGACGGCGUCCUGUGGGACUGCAACUUCACCAGGAGAGACCCCAUGGCCAUCUGACCCUCACCACUUCAGUUUAUUCUAAAAAAAAAUGUACAACAUUAUUUAUCCUGAAUUUACAUAGCAAACAACGUGGCUAGAGACGAACGAGAAGCUCCAACUCCCUCUGGGGAAAAAGAUGCUUUGCUGUGUAAAGGUGUUUGCGGACAUAACCACUCGUCAUGCCUCAAAAUACCUUCACCGUCUCACUGUCGGCAGCCUUGUGAAGUCGGGGUAGACCUCCACCCUGCGACUGCAGCGCUAUCGGCUGAAUUGAUUUACAGAAGGUGCUGCUGGCCAGCACACACCUCCGUCUCCUCACGCUCAACCAAUCGCAAAGACUGAAUUUCUGCACAUUUCUUGCACCAGCACUACAGCCUCACCUGUGUGAGAGUGUGAUGUGGGAGCACGGACAGGAGACAGGGAAGUACGGGAGGCGAUGGAGAUCAUAUCGAGUAACGGCAUUUUAACGGUGCUAUGUGUUGCAUUUUACAAACUAAAACCAAACUUAAUAGAAAAACUAACGUUUGUAUGUAUAUAUCAGUGUGAUAACAACUACCCAAAAUGACAGAGACCAUCUGAGAGAAAUGUACAAGCUAUACUGUAGCCAAUCACCAGGGAGGGACUGAGAUGUUGCCCACUUGUUUUGGUGAAACAUCUGCACAUUGGGAGGCGAUCCCUGUCAUUUUAAUGUCCGAUUCCCUGCAACAUAAAAGGUCCUGAAAGAUUUAUGUAAACUGUGUGACUUCUGGAUCCAAGGUUGUCGAAACCAUUUAAUCCUGUAGGUUUGAGCUCAGAAGUCGUUGAGAACAGACAGGAAGCAGAAACGAGAGGAGAAUGAAACAUCAGACUAGAUUUCAUUAAAGUCUGUUCAGAGAUGCUAAAAAGCAAAGUACAGCACCUUUGAUAACUGACAGUGUUUCCCUGACAUGUCGUCACAGAUCUGAGCCUCAACCUUGUCUGCUUAUUUAAGAAAGAGUUUGUCUUGAGAUGAAGAUACUUUUUUAACCUUCAAUGAUCUUGUUUGAUUAAUUUCCUCUGAUUAUUUAAAAUGUCCUUUUCAAAAGCUAUUUCUAUCAUGAACUACUCUGUUAACACCUGCAGUGUUUAGUAGAGAUGUUAGGGAGAGUCCCGAGCUUAGGAACCACAGAUAUGAACUGAUGUUCUGGUGCAGAAGAGUUUGAUCUAUUUCUCUCAACAUUUUUGACUUGAAUCUUUUGCUCCCUACAAUUAGGUGAAGAAGAAAGAACAUAUAUGUUGUGUGCCUUGUUUGGGGGUUCAGCCUUUAAACGUAGGCAAUUUAAUUAAGUGAGAAAAAGUCGCUGUGAAUUCCAUUUUUAUUUUCACCCCAGAGUGUUCUUCAUUUCUAAAGGAGUUGAAUCUGUAGUUGCCAUAGAAACAUGACACAUCCCUGUGUGUAACCAAAGGGAGCUGUGCUCCAGUUAGAUUGUUCUCUUUUUUUUUUUUAAUAAAAC